AUGAAGAGUGACGAGCAGCGGCGUUCUCUGUUUGGAAUUUCGCUGUCCGAGAGGCCCAGAUGGCAGCAAUUCUUGAUUUGCUCCUCUGGGUUUUUCUUUGGCUAUCUCGUUAAUGGCGUAUGUGAGGAAUAUGUAUACAACAGGCUCCAGUUCAGUUACGGGUGGUACUUCACCUUUGUGCAAGGGUGGGUUUAUAUUCUCCUCAUUUACCUUCAAGGAUUUACCACCAAGCAAAUGGUGAAUCCAUGGAAGACUUAUGUGAAGCUCUCAGCCGUGCUCAUGGGCUCUAACGGGCUCACGAAGGGAUCUCUGGCUUUUCUCAAUUAUCCAGCCCAGCUCAUGUUCAAAUCCACCAAGGUUCUGCCUGUGAUGAUCAUGGGGGCUUUUAUUCCAGGCUUAAGACGUAAAUACCCUCCUCAUGAAUACAUUUCGGCUAUCCUUUUGGUGAUCGGCCUUAUUCUUUUCACCUUGGCCGAUGCUCAAACUUCUCCGAAUUUCAGCGGAAUUGGGGUCCUGAUGGUAUCUGGUGCGUUGAUUAUGGAUGCAUUCUUAGGAAAUUUACAAGAAGCUAUUUUUACGAUGAAUCCCGAAACAACACAGACAGAAAUGCUUUUUUGCUCGACUUUGGUAGGCAUGCCUUUCUUGAUUCCACCUAUGCUAGUUACGGGAGAACUGUUUAAAGCCUGGGACUCGUGUUCGCAGCAUCUGUAUGUGUACGGGGUUCUGGUUUUUGAAGCCAUGGCCACUUUUAUUGGACAAGUUUCGGUUCUUUCACUCAUCGCAUUGUUUGGUGCUGCCACCACAGCCAUGGUGACCACGGCUAGGAAGGCAGUAACCUUGCUGCUUUCAUACAUGAUCUUUACAAAACCUUUGACUGAACAACAUGGGACCGGGCUCUUGUUGAUUGCAAUGGGGAUUAUACUUAAGAUGUUGCCUGAUAACAAGCCAAGCAAAAGGCCCGCAGCCUUGGAUUCUAGGCCCAGGAUUGAAAGUUCAUCGUCACAGAGCGAAGAUAGCAGGUUCGAAUUAGGACAAGAAGAGGAUGAUGAAGAAAAGAAGCCUUUGGUCUGAACAGUUAAAUUUUAGCUUUACAAUUUUGCAGGUUCAAUGCACUUAUAUUGUGUUUUUUUGAAGACCCUGCCUUUUGUAGUAUGCAGCAGAAAUUUAGUUCAGAACUUCAGAUCUUUAACUAAAUGAUGUUUCUAAACUUUAUUAGUAUAAAGGUGGGAUCUCAUUUAUGGUUAAAAUUUGUUCAGCAAAUAUGCUAUGAGCUCUAUUUUUUACAUUUGAAUCAAUAGUAAAAGGAACUUGUGAAACAUUUGUGCAUGCACGGAUUAAUACAUAAUAAAUAAACCAGAAAAAAAGAAUGAAAUCAUUUUUUAUGGUAGUUGAUUGGACUAAAUUUAACAAAAAUAUUUAAAGACUACUAUUAUUAUUAUUAUUAUUAUUAUUAUUAUUAUUAUUACAUCGGC